GGCCAGUCGUUUACCCGGUCACUGAAACGCGUCGCACCCGUGCGCUGGCCCUCGCGGCCCUAGACGGGCUCACCCGUACCUACGGAGCCAGAUACCCGAAGGACGCCGAACCAUUCACGAAAGAUUUCACGGCGUGGCUCAUGUCUAUCGGGCUGGAGCUUGAAGAACGGGCGCUCGGGAAUGGUGACGAGGACGAAGACGAGAACGAGCAAGACGACGAGAGAGAUGACAACCGCUAGGACCGUAACAGGGGAGAGACUUCGGUGGCGGCAAACGUGGAGAAAGAAGUCAUCGUUACCAUAUCCUUUCGCGGAUUGGCUGGCGACGCGCCAAGUCGCCGCCAGCGCGAAGGGUCUCGGCGAGGUUGUUAAUAAGUUGAGGGAGCGGCAUCCUAAGGAAUUCGGACGGAACGUGGGGCCGCUCUUCGUCCUGGAGAUGGCCUACGACCAAUCUGUUGAUGCCGGUGAGGCCUACAAUAUGGUGCCCGAGUUGAUGGUGGCAUUUGAAAUGGCUAUGGACGAGACAUUCCUCGGACAAGAAGACAAUGCCGUCUCUGCCAUCACGGCCCAAAUUGCGGCGGCCGGGCUGGACGAGGCGUCGGAAGUUCUCAGGAAGCCGAGUCUAACCAUACGUCACCCGGUUCAUGAGAAUGAGAACCCUCUCUGCGAACGAGGGACCGAACGCUGUGUUAGCUGAGUAGGGCGGCUCGGCC